AUGCCGCUCGUGAGGAAGCUUUUGAUCUUCGCCGCCGUCGAUGGGCUCGUGCUUCAGCCCCGCUCGCAACCUCAUGCACAGCAGCAGCAGCAGCAGCAGCAGCAGCAGCAGCAAGCUAUUAAGAUCGACUACAAGGGCAAUGUCGGGCCCCUGCUCAAGAGCGAACACCGUGACGGGGAUGAUACAUUGUCGUCGUUCGAGUCGCAUGGAGUUGUCGGGCUCCUCAAAGUAGCUACGUCAGUGUUCCUGAUAUCGAUAUGCGGGCGCGAGCAGGUCGCGCAAGUGCGCGGCAAGCCCAUCUACAAGAUCACCGAUGUCGCCCUCAUCCCUCUCGCAUCCCAGUCCGAAGCCGACAACGCAGUCAUCUCCACGCGCGAACACCUGCGCCGCCACAACAAGCCAAGAGGCGCAGAAGAGGAUGAUGCAGACAGCGAGAGCGACGACGAUGCGCCUAGCGUCACAGAUUCGCUGGUUGAAGAAGCAACACCUUCCCAGACCGAGGUCAAGGACCCGGUCACCGGCCAGCGAGGCCCCGCAGACAAAAGGUCCAGCGUUGCCGAAGAUGUCAUGCAAAAGAAGGGCGUCUACGGAAGGUUCGCCGACAAGUGGUUCUCGCGCAAGGGCUGGAGCGCGGAAAGCCGGCGGACGCAGGGCUUGAGCACAGAGCAGGAGCUUGCCGGGAAGAGCGUACCCAAGAAUGUAGACUCUACAGGUCCUACGGAGGAGGCGGAAGCUGCCAAGUCAGACAAGUCACCGAGUGACGACAAGACGACGCAUGAUUCGUUCAAGCCAGAGGACAUUCCAAAAGCGCUCGAAGGUGACAAGGACGCAACAACAAUUGCGCUGCUUCCGCGGGUAUUGCAGACCACCAAGAUGUACUUCUCAUCGGGCAACUUCUUCUACUCGUACGACUAUGACCUGUCGCACGGCAUUGAGAACCAGCCCACAAACGCUAGUGUUCCGCUGUUCAAGCAGUACGAUCCUCUGUUCUUCUGGAACCAGCAUAUCGCCACACCCUUCAUCGAAGCUGGCCAACAUUCAUUCGUCCUACCUGUCAUCCAGGGGUUCGUUGGGCAACGUCCAUUUACGCUCAAGAUUGCAGAUGGUAAGUCUGACAGUCUUGUCAUCGACUCAGAUGCGACACCGGACGACAUACAGCUACAAUCAUGGCAAGACAAUCAGGAGAAAGAAGGACCCGCAGCAUCAGAGCCUGCUACGGACGAAGCAGUGACAGACCUUGCAGAUGGCAAGGACUUUCUCCUCACACUGAUCUCCAGACGUUCGGUAAAACGUGCUGGACUGCGUUACCUGCGUCGCGGAACAGACGACGAGGGCUGUACAGCAAACACCGUUGAGACCGAACAAAUCCUUUCCCCACCAACCUGGAACACGUCGCAGGACAAAAUUUACUCCUUCACACAACUCCGCGGCUCAAUACCACUCUUUUUCUCACAGUCACCGUACAGCCUGAAGCCUCAAGUCACGACAUGGGGCUCAUUCGAGACCAAUGGUCAAGCCUUCAAGCGCCACUUCAAUGAUCUCUCAUCGCGCUACAGUGAAGUCUACGUCGCCUCCCUGAUCGACAAACACGGCACCGAAGCCAAGAUCGGUGAAUCGUACGAGCAGCACGCCAAAGACCUCAAUGAACACGGUGGCAUCGACGGAAAGGGCAAGCAACUCGGGUUUGAGUGGUUCGACUUCCACAACGUCUGCCGUGGGAUGCAUUUCGAAAACGUCUCCAAGCUCAUGGACAGUCUGGGCCCGUUCCUCGAAUCUACAGGCUGGACAGAGAUCUCAGGCGAUGAGAUCAAGCACAAACAAUCUGGCAUCCUGCGAACAAAUUGCAUGGACUGUCUAGACCGCACCAACGUCGUCCAGUCCGCUUGCGCGCGCGGAGCUCUUGAACAACAGCUUUCAGCAGGCAGCUACACGAUUGACCUCCAAAACGAUCCGUCCACGUCAUGGUUCAACACGCUUUGGGCUGACAACGGCGACAACAUCAGUCGUCAAUACGCCGGCACCGCCGCGCUCAAGGGCGAUUUCACACGCACCCGAAAGCGUCAGAUUACCGGCGCACUUACAGACUUCGGACUCACACUAACUCGCUAUUACAACAACAUCGUCAACGAUUACUUUGCGCAAGCCUGCAUCGAUUACCUUCUCGGCCGCGCUACAGAUACCAUCUUCGCCGAAUUCGAGGCUGACAUGAAGAGCAAUGACUACUUUGUCGACGUGCGCAAGGUUCGGCAGGCAGCAAUCGAACGCUGCGCAGCACGCGUCAUCGAAGAUCAAGAUGAGGAUCUGAUUCAUGGGUGGACGCUCAGCGUGCCGACAAGUGCAAACCACGUUAAGACAGCGACAUUUGAGGAAGCCGUCCUACUACUCACAGAAAAAGCAUUGUACUUCUGCCGCCUUGACUGGGGAACCGAAAAGGUCCGCGAAUUCGAGCGCAUUGCGCUCUCCAACAUCCAAGGCCUGAUACACGGCGUGUACAUCACUAGCACGCUUGCGCAACGGCAUAUGGACGCCGACAAGAACGUUGGCUUCGUGAUCCGAUACCGUGCUGACGCCGACGGCGAGGCGAUCCGUCGCAACACGCGAGCGCUUGACUCAGGCGCUGCGAACGACGAGCAGAAGACCGACGAGAAGAAGGCGAAAUCUGAGGAGGGUAGGUUCUUAGCCUUCAAAGCGCUGCCGCCACGUACUAGCGUGCCAAGUGAAGGAGAGAAGGCGGAGAGCGAAGAAGAGGUCGUCAAGGGAGUCUGCGAGGAAGUUGUACGGGUUGUCAACAAGGCAAAGAAGCCUCUCGCUGCAUCAGAGACAGACGGUGAAGCCGCAGAAGACAGAUUGUUGCAGAUUGAAGACAAGGAUAUCAUUAGUCUGGCGGACGCGAAGAAGAGUACAGGGUAUUUGGAGCAGAUUGGGUAUUCGCUGAAGAAACUUGUAUGGUAA